UGACUUCACAGGUUCUGCAGACUGUUGAAGACAGGUUGAAUCUCGUACAAGAUAUAUUGUUUUCUCAUAUAUCAGUGUUUUUGUGAAAGCCUGACAACUAAAGAAAAUAAUAAAACCAAAGGAAACUAAGAUCACACUUCCCACUAAAUUUGAAAUUUAAUAUCUGAUGUGAGAUUCUUACUCCACAUUCUAGUAAUCUCGGUCCCAGGAGCGAGGGAGGUUCUACUUUCGCUCCCCACAGAGUGGCUCAUCCUCCUUAAUAAAUUGUCUUUGAGACCCCUCUUCCGGUUUCUUGUUGCCCUGGUAACAAGUGUAUUGUCACAACUUACCUUUGGAUAAUUUAUGAAAGGAAAUCUAGUCCACAUUAAUACUUCCUACAAAGGUAAAAAGUAAUGUCCGGGUAUGAGGAGCGGGCUCUGCUCGAGCUGAAUCAGAGCAGGGAGACGUGGUGUCAGGUGGAGAUGGACCCCCGGCAGGGCUGGGAGAGAUCCCAGAGGAGACAUUACCGGAGUCACUUGAAGACCAGCCCGGUUCUCCUUACAGCUCUGACCGGCGGACCGCAGCGCAGAGAGGCCUGCACCCAGCGGCCUGCCCCCGUCAAGCUCCCCGAGAGAAGGCACUUCGAGGAGGGCUACAAAACUCACCUGGUCUAGAGAGCUGCAGCCUUAGAAGAUGACCUGAGCUCUUACUACAGAUACACCUGGGACCCAGACGUGGGGCAACUUUCAGUAUUUUAUUUUCAUGACUAAUAUCUGACGUAAUACAAAACCCCAAAUAUGCUGGAGAUCAUGACGCAUGAGGUCUUGAGACAUUUGAUUGUGCUUGUUAUUGACAGUACUGAUAUUAAAAACUCAUUUUUGAAAAAUAAUUUCUAUGCAUCACUCAUUUUGGUCAAGAAAGACAUCUUAUUAAUUAUUAGAAUUAUCUGCAAGACUUUGCAGAAAGCUUCUAGCUUGUGUGAAACUU